AAUCAUAGAUGCUCAUAUUAAACUAUUUGGAUAAAGUUGUGUUUGCCUCAGUAUAUAUACCCACUUAGAAAGUGCUAUUUCUCUCAUCCCAAACCAUAAUAAUAUCUUCUUCUCUAUCUUCUCUUUUUUCAAGAAUUAAUUUAUAAUUCAUUUUUGGAAAAAAAGAGAGAAGAAAAUGCCAGGAAUCGCUUUCGGCCGUUUCGAUGACUCGUGCAGCGCCGCCUCCAUCAAGGCGUACGUCGCCGAGUUCAUCUCCACCUUGCUCUUCGUCUUUGCCGGUGUCGGCUCCGCCAUUGCUUUCAACAGUUUGACGGCCAACGCCGGCCUCGACCCGGCCGGGCUCGUGGCGAUCGCCGUUGCCCAUGCAUUCGCUCUCUUCGUGGCUGUUUCCAUCGCCGCCAACAUCUCUGGCGGACACGUCAACCCCGCCGUCACCUUCGGCCUGGUUGCCGGCGGCCAGAUGACCGUCAUCACCGGACUUUUCUACUGGAUUGCUCAGCUUUUGGGUGCCGUUGUUGGUUCAUUCCUGCUCUCUUUCGUUACCGGCGGUUUGGCUAUUCCGAUCCACGGCGUGGGAGCCGGAGUGGGAGCCAUCCAAGGGGUGGUGUUCGAGAUCAUCAUCACCUUCGGCCUGGUCUACACAGUCUACGCCACCGCCGUGGACCCCAAGAAGGGCUCAUUGGGAACCAUCGCCCCCAUCGCCAUCGGUUUCAUCGUCGGUGCCAACAUCUUGGCCGCCGGCCCAUUCUCCGGCGGAUCCAUGAACCCCGCCCGCUCCUUCGGCCCCGCCGUUGCCAGCGGCGACUUCUCCGGCCACUGGAUCUACUGGGUGGGCCCACUCAUUGGCGGCGGCCUCGCCGGCCUUGUCUACAGCAACUGCUACAUCCACCACGAGCAUGCACCACUCGCCACCAGCGACUUCUAGAUUUGUCUGGGGGUCGUUGGAUUUUUUUUUUUCUGUAAUUUCACAUUUGUUUGUGGUAUGGAAAAGUUUGGAAUUUCUUUUGUAAUAAAAGGAAGAGAGGAGAGGGGAAAUCUAUUUUUCUCUCUUUUUUUUCUUUUCCUUUUUUCUUCUUCUUCUUUUAAAAAUGUUUCGAGAAAUUUGGUGGGCUGUUUGUAGCUGUAAAUGCAAUUUCUUGGUGUAAUGGUUUGUUCUUUCUGAAAAAGAUGAAAUUGUGAAUGAUGUUUGGUCC